AUGGCUGCACUGGAAAGGCCGUUGGCGGACACCGACUUUGAGGACGCAUCUGCAAUCAUCGACGUCGAUGGUCCUGUUCGACCUCCUCGAGCGCCUCCCAUCCCUGCUUCCGUCAAGAUCAAUGUUGAGGGUGCAUUCAUUGUCGACGAAGAUGUCUGCGGCAGAAAUGGCGCGGGCAGCGAGUUCGUUCACUGGGACCGCCACGAUAUUCGUCUUCCGCACCAUACGGACGUGGUCAGUCACGUAGCUGUCGAUAUUGGCGGCUCUUUGGCGAAGCUGGUAUACUUCUCCCGCGAGCCUGGGUCGACCCAUGGCGGCGGCCGCUUGAACUUCGUUAACUUCGAAACCGAUCGCCUCGACCUCUGCAUCGACUUUAUCCAGGAACUGAAGCAGACACAUUCCAAAUUGAACGGAUCUGCCCCCCAUCAGUUAUGUGUCAUGGCCACAGGAGGCGGAGCUUUCAAGUUCUACAAUAGGAUGAGGGAGGUGUUGCAUGUCGAUGUCAUUCAAGAAGAUGAAAUGGAGUGCCUCAUCAUUGGGCUUGACUUCUUCAUUACCGAGAUUCCUGGCGAAGUCUUCACUUAUAGCGAAGACGAACCGAUUCAGUUUGUCGAAGCUCGAGCAGAUGUCUACCCCUACCUCCUUGUCAAUAUCGGAUCUGGUGUGUCCAUGGUGAAGGUGUCUGGCCCUGGCGAAUUCCAGCGAGUUGGCGGAACGUCACUAGGAGGUGGCACAUUCUGGGGAAUACUCUCCCUGCUCACCGGUGCGCGAACUUUCGACGAGAUGCUCGCUUUGGCAGAAAAGGGUGACAACAGCGGCGUCGACAUGCUGGUUGGAGACAUUUAUGGCACGGGCUAUAGCAAGAUUGGCCUCAAGGCCACAACAAUAGCAAGCACAUUUGGAAAAGUAUUCCGCAUGAAGAGGCUCGCGGAGAGGAAUGCAGAAGACGGUGAAGGCCUCUCUAACGGUGACCCGCAUGACGAGGAUGAAGGUCGUGUACAGGGUUUCAAAAUCGAGGACAUGGCACGAAGUCUCCUCUACGCUAUAUCUAACAAUAUCGGACAGAUCGCAUAUCUGCAGUCGGAGAAGCAUAAUCUGAAGCACAUAUACUUUGGGGGAUCCUUUAUCCGUGGCCACACUCAGACCAUGAAUACCCUUUCAUACGCCAUCAAGUUUUGGUCCAAGGGUGAAAAACAGGCCUAUUUCCUGCGGCACGAAGGUUAUCUUGGCUCGGUUGGAGCCUUUCUCAAGCGGCAGCCCAAGAAUUGGGGUCGGCGGAACAGUCUGGAGGAUCUCAAGCUCGGAAGAGUGCUCUCCAAGGAGUGA